CUGCAUCUUACCUGGCUGAGCUUCACAUCCAUUGGCCAUUAGCACCACUUUUAUGCAAUGAACCACCUGGACCAGGAUCUUUUGAACCAGGACUUCCAGGAUGCCAUCGACGUAAUUCAGCGGGACUCUGACAACCCACAGUAUGAAACAGAAUCUAAAUGCUACGAGAUCCUGGGCGAUCAGUUUCUGACUGGACGGCCCAGUGUACCCUACUACUCUAUUAACCCCAUCCCUGAUGCUCCCGGACCUGCGUACAACUGGAGCGAGACUCCUUCCUGGGCUCAUGGGGCACCUGAUAGCCAUAUCGCUUCUUCUGUGGCGUUCCAGACUGCUCAGGUCUGCCCUUUCUUCCCUUUAGAGCGGAGUGGAAAGAGUCGUAAGAAGUUACGUCUCUAUGAAUACUUGCAUGAGGCCCUCCACGAUGUCAACAUGGCCGACUCCAUCCAGUGGGCAGACCGGGGAAGCGGAACCUUCCACUUUGUGUCUAAGAACAAGGAGAGACUGGCAGAAAGCUGGGGCAAGCGCAAGGGCAACCGCAAAACCAUGACCUACCAGAAGAUGGCACGUGCCCUACGAAAUUAUAGCCGCACUGGCGAGAUUGUGAAGAUCCGGCGUAAGCUAACCUACCAGUUCAACCCCGUGAUCCUGCAGCGGCUCAGCUCCGGGUACACCUCCUGCCACACCCCCAUCUGUACAGUGAGCCACAACCCACGAGAGACCCUUCCACAUCACAGCGGCCCUGCCGAGCAGGUGUACUACGACACACUAACACCCACUUGGAACGGCUGGUAUGGACAAUACACCAGUGACAGCAGCUAUGACCACAGCUUCACCUACACAUGUUCCAGUGCAGCUAAAGUUUGA